AUGGGGAAAUAUAAGAUUUUCUACAAUGCAGAUUUUAAAUCAUAUGACAUUACAGGGAGACAUUCAGGUUCUGAAGUAUGGUUCGACCGGAUCAAGUGUAACAGACAUUUAAUGAGAAAAGUUACUAUUAGCAUAUACAUGUUUCCUUUUACGAAGGGGGACUAUGAUGACGAACAUGAUUUUGAAUGCAACAUCUGUUUUGAAUUAGCCCAAGAUCCCAUUGUGACUCUCUGUGGUCACCUCUACUGCUGGCCAUGCCUUUAUAGAUGGUUACGUCUUCACUCACAGUGCCAUGAAUGCCCUGUUUGUAAAGCCCUUAUUCAAGAGGAGAAAUUAGUUCCUCUUUAUGGCAGAGGAAGGACUUCUACUGAUCCCAGAUCAAAACCAAUCCUCGGCCUUGAAAUUCCUAAUAGACCUGCAGGACAACGACCUGAAACUGCUCCUCAACCUGAUCCAAAUAAUUUUCAUAAUCAUAGAGGAUUCGGUCAUAUGGGAGGAUUGGGAGGAUUUUUUCCCACAGCAACUGCAAGAUCCGGUAACUUUACAAUGUCCGCUGGUUUUGGUGGAUUGGUCCCUUCAUUACUCAUCUUCCAGUUUCAUGGAUUUCUUGGUCCUACAGCGUAUCCUACCACAUCAAAUUACCCUUUUGGAUAUACUCCUGCAUAUCACGGGCCACAUGUUUGUAAUGCUCAAGACACAGCCCAAGUACAAGCAGAUAGCAAUCUCAAGUUUAUGUUCUUACUUGUUGGUUUUCUUGUGCUCAUUUAUUUGUUGGGCUAAAGAAUGAAUUC